AUGCCCAGCUUCAUUAAGUCACCGGACGAUCAGACAGGUAUAUCAGGAGGAGUGGCAUCGUUCGUAUGCCAGGCAGUGGGUGAGACAAAACCUCGCAUUACCUGGAUGAAGAAGGGGAAGAAAGUCAGCUCUCAGCGCUUUGAGGUCAUUGAGUUCGAUGAUGGUUCGGGUUCUGUGCUGCGUAUCCAGCCUUUGAGGACCCACCGUGAUGAGGCCAUCUAUGAAUGCACAGCUACCAAUAGUGUUGGAGAGAUCAACACCAGUGCCAAGCUCACUGUGUUAGAGGAGGACCAGAUCCCUCAUGGUUUCCCCACCAUAGACAUGGGGCCCCAGCUUAAGGUUGUGGAGAGAACGCGUACUGCUACGAUGCUGUGUGCAGCCAGUGGUAACCCUGACCCAGAGAUCUACUGGUUCAAAGACUUUCUACCUGUGGACAUCAGCAGCAGCAAUGGACGCAUUAAACAGCUGCGUUCAGGUGGUACACCAAUCAGAGGAGCACUUCAGAUUGAGAACAGUGAGGAGGCAGACCAGGGCAAGUACGAGUGUGUGGCAGUCAACAGUGCUGGGACUCGCUACUCUGCUCCAGCUAACCUUUAUGUUCGAGAUCAACGGGAAGUUCGUCGUGUGCCUCCCCGUUUCUCCAUCCCUCCCACCAAUCAUGAUGUAAUGCCUGGAGGCAGUGUCAACCUGACCUGUGUGGCAGUCGGCGCUCCCAUGCCUUAUGUCAAGUGGACGACCAGUGAGGUGGAGCUGACACGAGAGGAGGAGAUGCCUAUUGGCCGCAAUGUCCUGGAGCUCACCAACAUCCAACAUUCUGCCAACUACACUUGCGUGGCCAUAUCCUCCCUGGGCAUGAUUCAGACAACGGCCCAGAUAACCGUCAAAGCUCUGCCAAAGCCACCUGCCUCCCUCAUUGUGACAGAAACUACAGCAACAAGUUUCACCCUGACCUGGGACUCUGGUAAUCCUGAAUCGGUGUCCUACUAUAUAAUUCAGUACCGCCCCAAACUGUCUGAAAACGGCUUCCAGGAAGUAGAUGGAGUAGCCACCACCCGAUACAGCAUCGGCGGCCUCAGCCCCUUUUCCGAAUAUGAAUUUCGCGUAAUGGCUGUUAACAACGUCGGCCGGGGGCCUCCCAGUGGUAUUGUGGACACUCGUACAAGUGAGCAAGCACCCUCAUCCCCUCCUCUUCAAGUCCAGGCACGCAUGCUGAGUUCCAGCACCAUGCUGGUUCAGUGGGAACCUCCAGAGGAGCCCAACGGCUUAAUACUGGGUUACAAGGUUUACUACAGCUCCACGCACAAUACCCCACUAAGCGCCUGGCAGAAACACAACACAGAUAACAGCCAGCUCACCACCAUCUCAGGCCUGACCACAGAUAUCACAUACAGCCUGAGAGUACUGGGCUUUACCUCAGUGGGAGACGGACCUUCCUCUGAUGUUCUGCAGAUCAAGACCCAGCAGGGAGUUCCAGCUCAGCCGUCUAGGUUUGAGGCUGAAGCAGAACUGGAUUCACGCAUCAUGCUGUCAUGGCUUUGGCCAGUUCAGGAGCCCAUCAUUAGCUUUGAGCUGCUCUACUGGGAAGCCAACAACCCUAGAGACAAGCAUCGCGUCACUUUCGAGCCCGCAGGUUUCUACGCAGUUGAUGGUCUGAAGCCGGACACGGUCUAUAUGUUUUCCCUGGCAGCACGAUCUGAGAUUGGUUUAGGAGUCUUUACUAAGCCAAUUGAGACCAGAACUGCCCAAUCCAUGCCCGGAGCUCCUCCCAGGAAGGUGGAGGUGGACACACUCAACUCCACUGCUCUCAGGGUGACCUGGAAGCCUCCCUUGUCUGUGAAGCAGCAUGGCCAAAUCAGAGGCUACCAGCUGGUCUACUCCAGGCUAGAGAACGGGGAGCCUCAUGGACAGCCAGUCAUCGUGGACAUUUCACUCCCUGACGCACAGUGGCGCUCUAGGCAAUCGCCUAAUUAUGAGACCAUUAUAACAGGUCUGCUGCCAGAGACGACCUACUCAUUGACUGUUGCUGCAUAUACCACUAAGGGUGAUGGAGCUCGCAGCAAGGAUAAGGUGGUCACCACCACAGGAGCAGUAUUCACCAAGAACUUUGGUGUGAAGGCUGUGACGAAAACCUCUGUGCUGCUGACCUGGGAAGUGCCAGAAACAUACAAAUCUCAAGUGCCUCUCAAGAUAUUGUACAACCAGAAGAGUGUCGAGGUCCAGGGGAACCUUAAGAGGAAGCUGAUCACUCAGCUUCAACCAGAUACUGAUUACUCCUUUGUUCUGAUGAGUCGGGGGAACAGUGCCGGCGGUCUCCAACAGCAGGUGUCCAUACACACAGCUCCUGACCUCCUGAGGAUGAAACCUGCUCUGUAUCAGCAUGAUGUGGAAGAGGGUGGUAGAGUGACCAUCAGUCUGCCCAGGGCCCCUGCUGGAGCCCCUAUCAGGUGGUACUACGUAGUGGUUGUCCCUGUCACCCCAACUUCUCUGAGCAGAUGGGAGAGCCCAGAAGACAUGGAUAUACAUGAGAUCCUGGAGGCUGGUGCUGACAGCAAACUGCAGAGAAAGAGAAGACAGAGCCAGGACUUCCUGCAACCCUACAUCACUGCCAAGCUGGACGUGUUGCCUGAGAUCUUCACUCUGGGUGAUGAGAAGAAAUACAAUGGCUACUACAACAAACCCCUCCCAGGCCAGCAGCAGUAUCGCUGCUUUGUCUUGGCUGACCUGACGGACCAUGAGUCUCAGAGGAUGUUUGCAGCGAGCCCGUUCUCCGAGCCCAUCAUGGUGAAGCUCCACAGUGGGAUGAGCCGACACACUGAGGACCCAGAGAUGCUGUGGGUGAUGGGUCCAGUCCUGGCUGUCAUUCUCAUCAUCAUCAUAGUCAUUGCUAUUCUACUCUUCAAAAGCAAACAAGAAAGGAAAAGAACGUCUCCAGGCAAGGAUGAGCACAUGGCAGGGGUCAAGGACUCACUGCUGGCCCAUUCCUCAGAUCCUGUGGAGAUGAGGAGGCUCAACUACCAAACACAAGGUUCCAGUGCCCUCAGUUGUUGUCCCAACACUCCAAGAAUGAGGGAACAUCCUCCCAUCCCUGUCUCUGACCUAGCAGACCACAUAGAGAGACUCGGGGCCAACGACGGACUACGCUUCUCUCAGGAAUAUGAGUCUGUUGAUCCAGGACAGCAGUUCACCUGGGAGCACUCUAACCUGGAGGUCAACAAGCCAAAGAACCGCUAUGCAAAUGUGAUCGCUUAUGACCACUCCAGGGUCAUCCUCACACCUGUGGACGGAGUUCCAGGUAGCGACUACGUUAAUGCCAAUUACAUCGAUGGCUACAGGAAGCAGAAUGCCUACAUCGCCACACAAGGUCCGCUGCCAGAGACACUGACUGAUUUCUGGAGGAUGGUGUGGGAGCAGAGAACCUGCACCAUUGUAAUGAUGACCCGUCUGGAAGAGAAGUCACGGGUGAAGUGUGACCAGUAUUGGCCCAGUCGAGGCACAGAGACAUAUGGGUUGCUUCGGGUGACCAUGUUGGACACAGUGGAGCUGGCUAGCUACAGCGUACGCACAUUUGCCCUCUAUAAGAAUGGCUCAAGGGAGAAGAGAGACGUCAGACAGUUCCAGUUCAUGGCAUGGCCUGACCAUGGAGUUCCUGAGUAUCCCACUCCAACGUUGGCCUUUCUUCGUAGAGUGAGGGCCUGUAACCCUCCAGACGCUGGACCAAUGAUGGUUCACUGCAGUGCUGGUGUCGGGCGGACAGGCUGCCUUAUUGUAAUUGAAGCCAUGCUGGAGAGGAUGAAAUAUGAGAAGUCCGUGGACAUUUAUGGUCAUGUAACGUGUAUGCGAGCUCAGAGGAACUACAUGGUGCAGACAGAGGAGCAGUACAUAUUCAUCCACGAGGCCCUGCUAGAGGCUGCAAUAUGUGGCAAUACAGAAGUCCCUGCACGCAGCCUCUAUGCCCACAUCCAGAAGCUCACCCACAUCCCCCCUGGAGAGACUGUCACCACCAUGGAACUGGAGUUCAAGAAACUAGCCAACUCAAAAGCACAUACCUCAAGAUUCAUCAGUGCCAACCUACCAUGUAACAAGUUCAAGACCCGCCUGGUUAACAUCAUGCCUUUUGAGUCCACCCGAGUCUGCCUACAGCCAAUAAGAGGUGUGGAGGGCUCAGACUACAUCAAUGGCAGCUUCAUCGAUGGAUACAAGCAGCAGAAAGCAUACAUGGCUACCCAGGGCCCGUUAGCUGAGACCACAGAGGACUUUUGGAGAAUGUUGUGGGAACACAACUCCACCAUUGUAGUGAUGCUCACCAAGCUCCAUGAGAUGGGACGGGAAAAGUGCCAUCAGUACUGGCCUGGCGAGCGCUCUGCGCGCUACCAGUACUUUGUUGUGGACCCCAUGGCUGAGUACAACAUGCCUCAGUACAUCCUGAGAGAGUUCAAAGUUACAGAUGCCAGGGAUGGUCAGUCGAGGACCAUCAGACAGUUCCAGUUCACUGACUGGCCAGAGCAAGGAGUGCCAAAAACUGGGGAGGGAUUCAUUGACUUUAUCGGGCAGGUCCAUAAAACUAAGGAGCAGUUUGGACAAGACGGACCAAUCACUGUUCACUGCAGUGUUGGUGUUGGGCGGACCGGUGUGUUCAUCACCCUGAGCAUCAUCCUAGAGAGAAUGAGGUACGAGGGAGUGGUCGACCUCUUCCAGACUGUCAAGAUGCUCCGCACUCAGAGGCCAGCCAUGGUGCAGACAGAGGAACAGUACCAGCUGUGCUACCGGGCUGCUCUGGAGUAUCUGGGAAGCUUUGAUCACUAUGCAACAUAA